AUGACCCUUUCAGAGCAACAGAAGAAGAUCAUUGCAGACUAUCCGCUCGGCGGUACUCUUGACAACAUUCGAAACAAAUUACGCGACUCCAACGAAGCCGACGAGAUCCUCCUCGACACCUUGGCUCCCGGCACUCCCCCUCUUCGUCCCACCGCCCUGCCUACAUUCAAAGGAACGCCUAUUAAGUCCAGUUCAAAUAGGCUCGCUGAUAGUGCAGGGGUCGAUCCUGUGGCAAAGGAAUUGUUCUCGGAGAUGAGAUAUUGCACCUUCCGCGAUGUGGGGGGUUUUUGGGACAAAUUCUUCAACCCUGAGAGCUGGCCCAACAAAUACAAAGAGAUGCUGGCUGAGAUGAAGACAAAGCAUGAUGGAAAGACAUGGACGGACUUCCCGCGUGGUACUCCUACUGAAGCACUAGUCUCGGCGUGGUUUCGCUCCCUGGAAAAGCCCUUUCUAGCCGACGCCCCGAACAAACUCCAUACCACUACAUCUGCCCACCAGUUUGAGGAAGGGAAAGGCCAGCUUGAUCUUUUCUUACAAAGGUCAACUACGGAAGCGAGCACCAUAUAUUCAUACAAGAACGUUCUCGUUGUUGGGGAGCUAAAGCAGUCAUACAAUCCAGGCAGGUUUAAGGCGGAUUUCCUGCAACUCACCCGCUAUGUACGGAGUGUUUUCAAUGACCAGCCGACCCGUCGAUUCGUUCACGCCUUCCUUCUCUGCGGCUCCAUGAUGGAGCUCUGGAUCUUCGAUCGGGCUGGGGCGUAUAGUUCAGGGCCGUUCGACAUUCAGGAAGAGCCAGACAGGUUUGCGCGGGCUUUGGUCGGCUAUUUGACGAUGGAUUCUGAAGCGAUGGGGUUGGAUACCUUCAUUGAGCGAGUUGUCGAGGGAGAAGAACAACAACGCUACGUCACGCUGGAGGAUAAGAGAGCCAGGCUACACACGGCAAUGUACAAGCAGAAUGCCAUCGUGUGUCGCGGAACUACCUGUUUUACAACCUACGAUAACGAGGUUGUCAAAUUCGCUUGGGCAUCGGGUAAACGGACAUCGGAGGUAGAGCACCUAACGCAAGCAAAGAAAAACGGUGUCAAAGGGGUGGCUGAAAUAGUUGCGCAUCGCCGAAUCACUAGCAUUGCAGAAAUGCGGAAGGGACUGAAGUUCCCAGCGGCUCACCCGUUUCGGGACGAGAAUAGUGACUUUGACGACCUUCCAUCGGCCACAAGCACUAAUACAUCGGGAUCCAAGCGCAAGUCGCCGUCCGACGCCACUAUCAACACCGCAUCCGGAUCUAAUAAGAAGCAGCGCCCAAGUAUCCCCAGAAAGGGGAGCAUGCAGCCGCCGUCGUCGACAAGCAAGACCAAGCCGAGCAUGCAGCCGCCGUCGUCGACAAGCAAGACCAAGCCGAGCAUGCAGCCGCCGUCGUCGACAAGCAAGGCCCUGACCAAGCCGACGCCACCUACGCCUAGCGAGGACCUGUGGGAAGAUAGAAUCUAUUCCUGCCUCGUCAUCUCACCAGCCGGGCGCGUCAUUAGCGAAUUUUCCGCGAUUAAGCAACUGCUAGAAUCGAUGCGAGAUGCGAUCAAAGCGCACCAAUCUCUCUACGUCACUGGCAACAUUCUCCACCGCGAUAUCUCUCCAAACAACAUCAUCAUCACGGACCCCGAAACACCACAUGACUUCAAGGGCAUGUUGAUCGACCUCGACAUGGCUAAAGUACGAGAUAGCGACCCGAGCGGAGCGCGACAAAUUACUGGCACAAUCCAGUUCAUGGCGAUUGAAGUAAUGGAGAACGUCGGACACACAUACCGUCACGACCUCGAAUCGUUCUUCUACGUCCUGCUUUGGAUGUGUGCGCGCCAAUCAUGGUCUAACGGACUUGCCGGCGGGGACGAGCAAGCACCUAACAAGAACUUACUUGACCGAUGGGAGAAGGGUAACGAUUAUAGUCAAAUUGCUCGGAAUAAGAAAGGCGAUAUGUCGUCCAGAGUAAUGUUUGAAGAUGUUCUGAGUCAAUUCCCAGAGUCGUUUAAGGUUUUGAAACCGCUCUGUCACUAUAUUAGGAAGAUUCUUUUUGGUCCAGAGGGAGGAAUGUUCUUAGGAACCCCCGAAGGAGACCCUGACCAACUCUAUAGGCCCAUUAUAGAAGCUUAUAGUGAGGCUAUCGAUAAGCUGUAGAGAUUAUAUAGUGGGGGGAAGAAGAAAGUGAGACGAUGGAAAGGGUGGUUGAUUUUCUGUUAUUUUAGUUGUAAAAGACACGCAGGACAAUCGUCGCUUUGUCUUAGGAUUUACUAUUUGUAGGUUACUUAUAAGGUUAUAAAAGUUUAAUCGGUUCGGGGCUAUUAUAUCUAAGUAGUUCGAUAUUAAUAAUGAAGGUUUAUAGUUU